AUGAGCAUGUUCUUCAAAGACAAUAAUCCUACCCCCAGACGCACCUUCACAUCACCAAAUAACAAGAAAUUUGCCAUCACGCCGGUCAAAGCCGUCGCACAGACAUCGCUAUCACACGCCAGCCCGCUAUUUCGGAUACCCAGCUUUGACCACCCAAGUGCCACUGCUGGAGCCGGUCCAUCUCAGAGGCAAAGUGGAUCGAACCUCCGAGACCAUGGUGGGCGUAUAUCCCCCACAAAGAAGAUAGCAAGGACGUUUGGGUCUGCCAGUACGCCGGUCUUGACAAUAGCGAGUGGACGGGCUGAGAUCGAACAUCGGCGGUAUGGGAGUAGUGAUCUUGAAAGAGUGUUGGACCGUGUCUUUGCCAAACAUGACAAAGCCUCCCAGGACUUGGGUGGGAGGGUGCCCGUAUUCUCCAAACCAAAGGGAAGCCAUCGUACGGAAUUCAAGACUACACACGGGCAUCACACGAAAGCCUGGAGUACAGGCUCUACUGCAUCCGGGCUUUUUCCCAACUUUGCCAUUGGGGCCAGUGGAAGAGGAGACGAUCAAUCUGAUGUGUUUUCCGAGAUACUCACACCUAACACGCUUCGCUCUCCUACGACUGUGUUUACCGAUCUUGGUACUCUGUCCGAAUAUGACCCCUCAACUGCCGGCUACAUAGCACCUGAUCCGUUACAUGGUAGAAUGUUUCAAGGAGUCAAACCCAGGGCCAAGUUGUCUUGGGUCCAGCAGUACGACAAUAUGCUGCCUGCGAUGGGUACCAGAUCUUUUGAAGAAGGUAUCCACCCCGAGGGACUUGUUGAAGAGAAUACCGAGGUGGUAGCUCGUAUAGUCGACCUCUCGGCCCGGGUCCAAUCGAUGAUCACCGAGGGCGAGGGUGCGCUCAGAUCAGCGCCACCCAUACUCCCUCCCACCUCUUCACAUUCACCGGACGAAAAUGUACUGGACCGGACCGUUGGGACUAGUGUAGAGGAGGCCGACGACACCGGCUGGGAUCUCUGUGACGCUCUUGACCUGGCCAUCUCCAUUGGUAUAGCAAAGCGAAUAGAGCUUGAUUUCGCCGCUGAAGCCGUGCUUGAGGCGGACCCACGCGAUGGGGAGUGCAUCGCAACCGCCAAGAGAAGAAAGGACAGUCAAUGUCUUGGAGAGAGGAUAUCGCAUAGGCAGACUGAGACUGAGAUGGAGGGGCAUGUAAAUGCGGUGGGACUUGUGCGAUCUCGUAGUCUUGGGCUGCUGAGGUAUGGGGGGGUGGACGUCAUGUGA